AUGACUGCGACUUCGGGACAAAAACCUAAAAUAUCUGUUGGGGAUCGACUCCCUGAGGACCUGUAUUUUGGAGUUCUAAAUGAAGGAGAGGAGGAACCUAGAAAAAUCACUGUAAAAGAAGUGUUUGGCGGGAAGAAUGUUGUCUUGUUUGGGAUUCCUGGUGCAUUUACAUCGGUCUGCAGCUCGAAGCAUCUUCCCCAGUAUUAUGACAGAUACGACAAGUUAAAUCAGAAAGGUGUCAAUGUUGUUGCAUGUACCGCAGUGAAUGACCCAUACGUUCUCCGUGAAUGGGCACGCAACCAUAACGUAGGUGGCAAAAUCCUAAUGCUUGCUGACGGAGAUGCGAGCUUCCAUUCCGCCCUCGGUCUCACUCAGCAGCUCCCUUUCUCUGGCAUUCGUGGGUAUAGAUUCUCCAUGUAUGUUAGUGAUGGUGUUGUAAAGAUUUUUAACCUCGAAGAGCCUGGAGCAUUGAGUUAUAAAGUAUCUGGGCCGGAUCAUAUGUUACAAGAUCUGGAGAGAUUGGAGAAGGAGGAUGCACUUGUGAAAGCAGGCAUAUCGAUUUCAUUUGCAAAUGCAUGUGCAAAGUCUGACCUGAUCUUUAAAACAACCAACUUUCGCGAAAUAAUUCGGAAUGACAAGACCUGGAGCACAGGCGCUUCGUGCCUGGAAAUUUCAUCCGAUGUUGAUUUGUUUUUCGGCUGA